GGGUGCCCCAAACAGUAAAAUUAUUUUAGGUGAUGUGUGAUGGCAUAGGCAUUAUCCAUGGAUAGGACACCAUAAAUCAUAGUCCCUCUCUAUUCUAAUCUUAUUCAUCUCUCCUAUUUAAUCACUACUCUCAACUUUCCAUACUUCAUCAAGGUCACAACCAUCUACCACUGCGCCCUUUAUGUUUUUGGCUCUUCAACUUCUUCACUCCCACUCUUCUUCAUUUAACAUGGCCAACAACACACAGAUCCUCAACCUAAUCUCCAUGGCCUUACUCCUCCUUUUUGUUAGCAACAGUGAAGGGUACUCAGCAGCUGAAGAAGAAGCUGACAGAAUCUCAGCACUUCCAGGCCAACCCAAGGUCUCUUUUCCACAAUUCUCUGGCUAUGUUACUGUUAACGAAGUAGCUGGUCGAGCCCUCUUUUACUGGCUCACUGAGUCUCCCAAUUCCCCUUCCUCUAAGCCUCUUGUCAUCUGGCUCAAUGGAGGUCCUGGUUGCUCCUCAGUGGCAUAUGGUGCAUCAGAAGAGAUUGGGCCAUUCAGAAUUAACAAGUCAGCCUCAGGGUUGUAUCUCAACAAGUUCUCUUGGAACAAUGUGGCUAACCUCUUGUUCUUGGAGACUCCUGCUGGUGUAGGCUUCUCUUACACCAAUCGCAGUUCCGAUUUGUUGGAUACCGGCGACCGUCGAACUGCUAUGGACUCUUUGGAAUUCUUGAUCAGAUGGCUCGACCGGUUCCCACGAUAUAAGAAUCGUGAGGUAUACAUCACCGGAGAGAGCUAUGCCGGCCAUUAUGUGCCUCAGUUGGCUAGACAGAUCAUGGUUUACAACAAGAAAUCCAAGCAUCCAAUAAAUCUAAAAGGAAUAAUGGUGGGAAAUGCAGUGACAGACAACUAUUAUGAUAACCUUGGGACAGUGACAUACUGGUGGAGCCAUGCCAUGAUUUCUGAUAAAACGUAUCAGCAACUCAUCAACACAUGCGAUUUCCGACGGCAGAAAGAGUCCAACGAGUGCGAAUCGUUGUAUUCUUAUGCCAUGGAUCAAGAAUUUGGAAACAUUGAUCAGUACAACAUAUAUGCUCCCCCUUGCAAUAACUCAGAUGGCAACCGUUUUACCAGGCAUAGUAUGCGAUUGCCUCAUCGACCACAUUCGAUUUUCAGGCAGUUAUCAGGCUAUGAUCCAUGCACUGAAAAGUAUGCUGAGAUUUACUACAAUAGGCCAGAUGUGCAGAAGGCACUUCAUGCCAACACAACCGGAAUCCGAUAUAAAUGGACCGCUUGCAGUGAAGUUCUUAAUCGUAAUUGGAACGAUACAGAUGGAUCCGUUCUACCGAUUUACAAAGAAAUUAUCGCCGGUGGCUUGAGAGUUUGGGUUUUCAGUGGUGAUGUAGACUCAGUGGUUCCAGUGACAGCAACAAGGUACUCACUUGCACAACUGAAAUUGAGUACCAAAAUUCCCUGGUAUCCUUGGUAUGUUAAGAAACAGGUCGGGGGAUGGACUGAGGUGUAUGAAGGGCUAACAUUUGCAACAGUGAGAGGGGCAGGACAUGAAGUACCAUUGUUCAAGCCAAGAGCAGCUCUUCAGCUUUUCAAAUCAUUUUUGAGUGGGGAACCCCUUCCUAAAGCAUGACAACCAAAAACUUGAUGUUUCCCACAACUUAGUUACCUAGUUCUGCAUUGUAAUUCUUGCUUUUUUAAGACAAAAAUGUCAUUUUAACCAUUGAAAAAAUCAAUGAAAAAAAGAAGCUUGAUUGUUUAA